AAGUUAUUGCAAACCUUGGACUUUGUAUCUCAGUAUAUGACAUUCAAUCAAUUAAAGGUGGCUUUAUCUUUUUCGGAGAUGGUGCUUCAACAUACACAGUUGAGUUCAGACUUAUAAUGUUUUGUCCAUUUGUGGGUGAAAUUAUUCUUGCAAAACUGAAAGAAUCAGAUGCUAAUGGUUUGCGCUUGUCCCUUGGAUUUUUUUUAUGAUAUUUACGUACCUGCCAAUCUCUUGCCAAGUCUAAAGUGCUUUGAGCUUUAUACUAAUAGCAGGACCCAAGGCAGAUGGACAUGGGAGUAAAAAGAAGAAAUUCAACUUGUUAUUGAUGGGGAAGACCAGAUUAAAUUUCGAGUACACAGUGUUAUUUAUCCUUCAAUUCCAGUUGAGCAACCAGAAAAUUCAAAUGCCUUUGCCAGUUUGCCCCUAUGGUGAUUACCGGCGCUAUGAUUGUGAUGGUCUUGGUCCAGUUUCAUGGUGGGAGGGAGCGGAAGUUUUGGAGGAAGAAAGUUGAGUUCCUUCCAUGGCAAAGAUGAGAAAGGUAAAUGAACGAAUGUGGCUGUAUAGGAAGGAUCUCUAAUUUAAUACAUGUUUUGGCUACACUAUUUUUCUUCUAAACAGUUGGAAGGAUGAAUAGGUUUACACUUCUACUUUUUUUUUUGAGGGAGCCCCUACAAAAUACUUUUAAUAGUAUAACAAAAAACUAUUGUACAAUCUUAACUACACAAUAGAGGCAGGUACAUGAG